AUGGACCCCACCACCCAGGCUAAUUACGAUCAAAUCGCCUCCUCGCACAUUGACUUCGCUUGGACGGUCGACUUCGCCCAGAGCAUCAUCUCCGGCUCCGCGACCCACACCUUCAAUGUCAAGCAGGACGAUGUGCAGCAGGUCGUCCUUGAUACGGCCGAUCUCUCCAUAGAGAAGGUUCUAGUCGACGGGCAGCCCGCGUCGUACAACCUUGGCCCCAGGCAUGAAGUCAUGGGUUCUGCGCUCCAGAUAUCACUACCCUCCACACCUAAGAAGGGUGCGCGAUUUAAAGCUACCGUCUUUUACAAAACCACAAGGGAGUCUAUGGCUCUGCAAUGGCUCGCAAAAGAGCAGACCCAAGGCAAGACCUUCCCGUAUCUCUUCAGCCAAUGCCAGCCCAUAUAUGCGCGCAGUCUUGCGCCGCUGCAGGAUACGCCAUCGGUCAAGAUUACAUAUACAGCGAAGGUCACGUCUGUAUUGCCUGUCCUAUUGUCCGCGCAGCGCAUUUCGCCUCCUUCUGACGGACCAGCCCAUGACGGGAAGGUUAUCGGGAAGGAUGCCGUGACGUACACUUACAGCCAGCCCGUUCCAAUACCCUCGUACCUUAUCGCUAUCGCCGCGGGGAAUGUGCGCUAUCGCUCCUUCCCCAAAGCGGAGGGAAAGGCUUGGACCACGGGUGUGUGGGCCGAGCCCGAGUUCAUCGACGCCGCGUACUGGGAGUUCAGUGAGGACCUCAACAGGUUCCUAUCUACCGCAGAGACAAUCUUGCCACCGUACCGGUUUGGUGUGUAUGAUAUACUGGUGUUGCCUCCAUCCUUCCCCUAUGGUGGCAUGGAGAAUGCGUGUCUCACAUUCUUGACACCCUCACUGCUAGUCGGCGACCGUACCUUGGUGGACGUCGUCGUUCACGAACUGACACACUCGUGGUUUGGAAACGGCGUAACCCAAGCGCACUCGACACAUUUCUGGCUGAACGAGGGCUGGACGACAUACAUCGAGCGCGUGCUACAGCAACUACUGCAUGGCCCGGCGGAGCGCGGUUUCUCGUUCCUGAUCGGGUCAAACUCGCUGAAGGAGGCGCUUAAACUCCACGAAGACCGGCCCAAAUAUCAACGGCUCGUCAUCGAGUUCGAGAAGGGCGAGGAUCCAGACGAUGCGUACAGCACGAUUCCUUACGAAAAGGGCGCAAACUUCCUGCUCCACCUCGAGCGGAAGCUGGGCGGUCUCGACGUCUUCUUGCCCUACGUAAAAGACUACGUUAGCACAUUCAUGGGCAAGAGCAUCACGACGGACGAGUGGAAGGCCCAUCUAUUCGCGUACUUCGAGAAGCACGGAGGUGAGGAGAAAGUGAAGGUGCUCAAUAGCGUCAAGUGGGAUGAAUGGCUGCACGGAGAGGGCCUAACGUUGCCCAACACAAUGGUAUACGACACAGCACUGGCGAGGCAGGCGUAUGCGCUCGCUGAGCAAUGGGACGCGUCCCGCUCUGAGCCUGACACCUCACGGCUUGCAUUCAAAGAGACGGAUCUCGACGAGUUCAACUCAAACCAAAAGACGGUCUUCCUGGAACGCCUGCAGUCCUACCCGGCACUACCUUCGGUGCACGUCAGCUUUCUCGGCUCGCUCUACGGCUUUACCAACACAAAGAACGCGGAGCUCCGCCUCCGCUUUUACCAAAUUGCACUCGCGGAUCCCGCAUCGGAUGCGGCGAAGGGCUUUGCGCCCGCCGCGGUGCGGUGGGCAGUGGGCGACGACGGCACUGGCAUCAUCAAGGGGCGCAUGAAAUUCUGCCGGCCAGUGUUCAGGGCUGCAAGCAAGGUCGACAAACCAAUGGCAGUCAAGUACUUCUCGGCGUUUAAGGAUGCUUUCCAUCCAAUUGCGCGCAGGCUUAUAGAGAAGGACUUGGAAUUGUAG